GCAGCGGAGGCUGUUGGGGGGGAGAGCUCGCUUCCCUGAGUUCCAGUGGCGGAGCCCGGGCGACCUGGGGCUCGAGUUUAGGCCGAAAGGUGUGUGACUGGGUGGGACAGUGGACGUGAUGUGGAGUCUGGAAACCGGGGACCCCACUUGGGGAGCCCCCCUGGGGAAGCCCCCCUUGCUCUUCGCCCCUCGCCCUUCCCGGGACUCCCGCAGUGACCUCAACGCGCCUUCGGAGUCGUCGAUCCACGGGCUGAUCGGAGCAAUGGUGCCACCUAGCGGACGGUAUUGGAGCGGCCCACGGUGGCGGCGGGGUGGACCCCAGCCUCGAGGAGGUGCUAAUGACAGACUGGGGUGGCGCUUCAGCACCAUCGCGGGCUGGACAGCGCCUCCCGCCCCCUGGGCUCUCCAAACCCGGCUUCCAAGCCCCUCAAAAGGGACCUAACGGAAGACCCCGAAGGACACCCGAGCUCACCCAGCCCGCACCUAAUAGCCCCCGGCGGGCGGCCUUCAGUUUGCGAAGCCGGAAUUGGGGAACCCACCGCUAUCCCUUCUCUAAACCCCCUAUUUUUCCGUCCUUGUCCCGCCAGACGGUGGGGACUAAAGCAGCCCCGGACUGCGGAGAGGAGGGUCACGCCUUUGACUCUUCCUACUGCACUUUCAGACGCCACGUUCCUCACGUCUUACUAGAGAGGAGCCCAGAGGAGGGCUAGGGACGGCCGAGGGAAGCUCCUGCACAUCCAGAAACCGGCCGCACUCUGCCCCCGGAGUCGAGGCACAAGUUUGCGCGGGGAGCCGGGAUAGCAGGGAAGGCGGGGAGCCGCGGGUGGAACAGGAGACCCGCGGCGCGGAGUGCCCGGGAACUCCUGGCCGCCCGCGCGCGGCCCCAGAAGCUGCCCCAGCGCUCGCACGGCCCCAAGGACUUCCUCCCCGACGGCUCGGCGGCCCAGGACGAGCGGCUGCGCCUGUGCCGCGUGGAGCUCUGGCAGUUGCUGGCGGAGGAGCGCGUGGAGCGCCUGGGCAGUUUGGUGGCCGCCGAAUGGAGACCGGAAGAGGGGUUCGUGGAGUUGAAGACUCCGGCGGGCAAAUUCUGGCAGACCAUGGGCUACUCGGAGCAGGGCCGGCAGCGGCUGCACCCCGAGGAGGCGUUGUACUUGCUGGAGUGUGGCUCCAUCCAACUCUUCCAUGAAGACCUGCCCUUGUCUAUCCAGGAGGCCUACCAGCUGCUGCUGACGGAGGGCACCGUGACUUUCCUGCAGUAUCAGGUCUUCAGCCACCUGAAGAGACUGGGCUAUGUGGUUCGACGAUUCCAACCAAGCUCCAUCCUGUCCCCGUAUGAGAGGCAGCUGAACUUGGACAGCAGUGCCCAGCGCUUGGAGGAUGGGACUGGCAAGAGGAAGAGGAGGAGCUCCAGCUCUCGGUCCAUCAAUAAGAAGCCCAAGACCCUGGAGAACCCCCUACAGGGAGUGGAUGGGACACCCGCGAGCCUGGGAACCUCUGUCCCACCUUCCCACAACCAGAACAGCCGAUGCCCCGAGGAGAAACCCCAGGAGUCAAGCCCUGUAAAGGGCCCAGCGGGCCUCUUUCAGCCUUUGGGUUCCCCGGAGCCCUGCCCUGGCCUGGCCAGGGAGGUGGUGGGAUGCAGCGAGGAAAGUGGCAAAGUGGAGAAUGGGGUCAAGGGGACUCGGAAACCACGCUGGAACUUUGAGCAGAUCUCCUUCCCCAACAUGGCCGCCGAUGGUCGCCACACCCUCCUGCUUGCCCCAGCCCCAGAGCUGCUCCCGGCCAAUGUCGCAGGGCGGGAGACAGACGCUGAGUCCUGGUGCCUGAAGCUGAACCAGCGGAAGGAGAAGCUCUCCAGGCGUGAGCGUGAGCGGGAGCAACAGGCAGAGGCCCAGCCCUUGCGGGAGGACGUAAACGCGGACCCCGAGGUGCAGCGCUGCUCCAGCUGGCAGGAGUACAAACAGCUGCUGCAGAGACGGCGCCUGCAGACCACCCCCAGCCGCCCCCAACACCUGUGGGACCAGCCUGUCACCCCCUUGCUGAGUCCCAGCCAGGCAGACUCCCCAGCCACAGUCCUUCAACAUAUCUCUGUGCUGCAGACGACACACCUCGCUGAUGGAGGUGCCUGGCUGCCGGAGAAGCCUGGGGGCUUGGAGAUCAGCUUUGAUGUCUACCAGGCUGACGCUGUGGCCACGUUCCGAAAGAAUAACCCUGGCAAGCCCUACGCCCGGAUGUGCAUCAGUGGAUUUGAUGAGCCAGUCCCAGACCUCUGCACUCUCAAGCGGCUGUCCUACCAGAGCGGGGAUGUUCCUCUGAUAUUUGCCCUGGUGGAUCAUGGAGACCUCUCCUUCUACAGCUUCAGGGACUUCACGCUGCCCAGGGAGCUGGGACACUGACCAGCUCUGGCAGGGCCUGGGGCCUGCUUAGGGCGGGUGGAGGGGCUUGGACUGCCUACUCUCAGGGACCAUCUCAGCUGCCUCCUACACCCUGUAGCUGCAGGGGCUAGUCUGGGCCUUGGCCCUGGGCAUCUGACGCUUGCAGAAGAGCCACGCUGAGCCCCCUACCUGGCUGCUGCAGCGCUUCCAAGCCCCAGGACGGCCGCUGCUGCCUUGCAGUGAUGUCCUUGGAGCUCAGCACUGGACUACAGACCCAGCGCGGUGGGGCAGAAGAGGACUCUGUGCCUUGAACGAGAGGGUGCCUGCUUCAUGCGAUAAAGCCAAAAGCCAUAGCCAUUAAAAAAAUAGAUCCUU